GUGACGGUCGCGGCCUGACAACAUCCGGCCGGUGGAGGGAGAAGGCUCGGUCGUGGCUCAUCCCGCGGAGCCCGCACGGUAUAGGACUUUCCAGACCACACAAGGUAUGGGUUCAUUCUCACGGGGCGAAUAUGGAAGCCAGCGGCACCGAUGAAAAAGUCAAGUCUAUGUUUUUAUCUGCGUGGCAUAAUGUGAAAUACAGCUGGGUGCUCAGGACGAAAACCUAUUUUAGACGAAACUCCCCUGUCUUUUUACUUGGCAAAUGUUACCAUUUCAAAUUUGAGGAUUCUGAAUCUUCUCCCAAUGGCUCAGAUUCGGGCUCGGUGACGAAUGAAGACGUAUUUGGCACUGUGGAGGAUUUCCGGAAGGACUUUAUUUCGAGGAUAUGGCUGACCUACAGGGAAGAGUUUCCCCUAAUAGAUGGUUCGACAUGGACCACAGAUUGCGGCUGGGGCUGCACCCUGAGGACCGGGCAGAUGUUACUGGCUCAGGGGCUUCUGGUUCACUUCAUAGGGAGAGACUGGUUAUGGCCGAAUGCACUGGACCUUUACCGGCCGGAGGCAGACUUCUGGUUACAGAACAGCGCCAGGAAGCUCGCCCCUAUUGAGUCAUCGUACAAUGACCUCCACCCCUACGGUACCGCAUCCAGCAAACUUCAGGCGGCCAAAGAAAACGAAGACGAAAACCAAGCUGCUUUUUAUCAUCGGAAAAUCAUUUCUUGGUUCUCCGAUCAUCCCAUGGCCGACUUCGGGAUUCAUCAGCUGAUAAAGCUUGGGAAACAGUCAGGGAAAGUUGCUGGAGACUGGUACGGGCCAGCGGUCGUCUCUCACCUCCUGAGGAAAGCAAUGGAAGAUUCCGUUGACCCAGAGCUUCAGGGGAUUUCCAUAUAUGUUGCUCAGGACUGUACAAUUUAUCGCGACGACGUCUACGACCAGCAGGAUAACUCUGACUGUGACAAAUCUGUUCUCAUUCUGGUUCCUGUCAGACUUGGCGGGGAAAGGACCAAUACUGAAUAUUUCGCAUUCGUGAAGGGGAUCCUCAGCCUUGAAUAUUGUCUUGGUAUCAUUGGGGGUCGACCAAAACAGUCCUAUUACUUUGUGGGAUUUCAAGAUGACAGCUUGAUAUACAUGGAUCCUCAUUACUGCCAAUCUUUUGUAGAUGUCAGCAUAAAGGAUUUCCCUCUCGAGUCAUUCCACUGUCCAUCCCCGAAAAAAAUGCCCUUCAAGAAAAUGGACCCAAGCUGCACCAUUGGCUUUUAUUGUAGAAACGCAUGGGACUUUGAGAGGGUGGUGGAUGAACUCACAAAGGUACUGAAAUCCUCCAGCAAGCUGAAUUAUCCUUUAUUUACCUUUGUGAACGGACACGCUCAAGACUUCGAACUGGACUCCACGCCAGUCUACGAGCAGAAUGACCUUUUCACAGAGGAGGAGAAGAACAGGUUAAAAAGCUUCACCAACGAGGAGUUUGUCUUGCUGUGAUUUAUUCCCCCCCUCCCAUGUCCUGUACUUGGAAAUUGUGCACUUUGGGUCCAUUCUAUAGAAACGCUAGAACCUGGAAUGUGUUUAUGAAUUUUUUUUAUAAAAUUUUUUUAAAUUAAAAUUUUAAUGUUUUUAUCUUUUUUAGAGAGGCUUUUAUUUUAGAUCAUGUAUGUACGCUAACAUCUAAGGUAUCAUUUUCCAGUCUUGAUCACUGUGAUUUGUAAGAUAUUUUGUCUAUUCUCGCCACGGUCAUCAAAUUGUACAUCAAAGGCCGCUCCGAAUAAAUCUAAUCCGGUAUAAACCUC